AUGCGCUCUGUGGUAGACACUAUCCUGACUAGACUUUCAGCUGCAACGACUAACAAUAUAAUUGGAUCCAAAAGCCCUGUCAAUCUUUCAUCACCCUGCCGUUUGGUUUGGCGAUGUAGUUAUCCCGAUGCCUGGCCUAGCCUUAUCGGCGGCGUCACAGGCUGGGCAGCUACGGGACUAUGGGCCCGGCCUCGCCGUUUCACCGUAGUAGAUGGGGAUAUUGGUGAUGGAAUAGUCGAGGAUGCCUCUUCAUCUAGCCUUUCAAAGGACGGCAAGUCUGCGGGUAACACUCCGCCCAGACCUAAUGUUGCAUACAACAGUGGAUAUGGUCCUGGUGGAAAUAAGGCUCCUUCUAGCCCAAUAAAACGUGACUCUGGCUUGACGUUUUUCUAUCCCCUGGUACCAAAAGCCAGUCAGGGCCCUGCUGCUCCUUGGCAUCGACUUCCUCCAGCCCUGUUUUCUUCUAACUCCUCUCUUCCCACCAACAAAAUAGUACAUGGUUCGAGUAGUGUUACUUCGUCAGGUCCAGCUGGUGUCCGUGAGCUGUGGACCCAGUCCGGCAUUGCCGGGUCCCCCAACUUAAACCAGCCGGUCAUGUUAAAUACCCGACGUCCACCGGCCCGCCUACCUUCGAUGCGGGAGCGUGAUGCCAUAAACUCACAUACAGGGAUUAGAGAGGGGACCAAUCACUCGUUCCAGUCUCAAGACUUGUAUCACCGGCAGGUUAAAACUGAAUGCAAAAAUGAGCCCAGCCUCUUCCUUCAACUGCCAGUCAUCAUUCCUAAAUGGGGCCUAUUGGAAAAUCGACCUUACGCCGAGUUGGUAGAAUCCCUUUUUUUUCUCCCUGCUACAUUGAUUUCUAUUUUCAAUCACGCGGCCUAA